CAUUUUCGUUUUAUUUGGCCAUACUAGUAAAUUGUCCUUCGUCCUUUGCGAAAUUUAGAAGUUGUUCCGAAUAUUUUCAAUGGAGAACAUCAGCAUGGAUGACUUGGCAGCUAACCCUUUCACACAGCUUUUCCCUGACAUGAAUGAGGCAAGACAGUUCAUGAUGAUCUCUGCCUCACAGAAACAGGAAGCUUUGGAGAGGGUGGAAGCAGAGAAAGUUCGCAAAUGUAUACAACUCAGCAGUCUUCUGGAGAAAGUGUUUCUAUUCACACUUGAUCAAGAAAUUACUGACGAUAGUGACAGACCAACAAAGUUGGUAAUUAUCAGAGAGUUGGGUCAAUCACUUCAAAAGGGAAACCAGACAUGGCUGGAUAUGAAGUACAUUGAACAGGCUGUGUUUGAGCGUCUCCUGCUGACUAACCCUUUGGAUGAUGUAAUAUCUACAAAACAUAAGAGUUCCUCAGAUGAUGCAAAGGCCAGGCGACUUGCAGGAGAGGGGGAGGUUCUCCGGUACCUCAUGCAGUGCUUUGAACGGUCUCUCAUUGCAAAAAAGGACAAACAG